AUGGUGAAGUACAUCAAAGAAGUAUCCGCAGAUAAAGAGAAGUACACUGCAUUUCACCAAUGGAGGACUACUCACGAAGCUUUACCCGAACAUAAUGAUGACACGGGAUUUUGUGAGUUGUGCCGACGGCUUCAACAAAACCAGCUAGGAUACAUGUCAUAUGCAGACGUCCGCAAAUGGCACGCAUACAACCAAUGUGACGAUUCCUUU